UGUUGUUGUUGUUGUUGAGGUGUUGUGCGUGCGUUCUACACAUUUGCUCUGCAGCUGCUGCUCAGCGUGUUACCACCACACGCCCUCACCAUCAUCAUCAUCAUCUUUUUUAUUUAUAAUCAGAAUCGAAAUCUUUUUUGUAUUAUAAUAUAAAUGGCUGAUCGAUUAACUCGUAUCGCUAUUCUCAAAGAAGAUCGCUGUAAGCCCAAAAAAUGCCGCCAGGAGUGCAAAAAAUCAUGUCCUGUUGUUAAAACUGGGAAGCUAUGUAUCGAGGUUACUUCUGCAUCCAAGAUGGCGUAUAUCUCUGAGGAGCUUUGCAUAGGGUGUGGUAUAUGUGUUAAGAAAUGCCCUUUUGAUGCAAUUGAGAUCAUUAAUUUACCAAAGGAUUUGGAUAAAGAUACAACUCAUCGUUACGGGGCCAAUACCUUCAAAUUACACAGGUUACCUGUUCCAAGGCCCGGGCAAGUUCUUGGAUUGGUUGGAACAAAUGGAAUUGGGAAGUCUACAGCCCUCAAAGUUUUGGCUGGAAAAUUGAAACCCAAUUUGGGGCGUUUUAACAACCCACCAGACUGGAGCGAAAUUUUGCAGUACUUCCGUGGAUCUGAGUUGCAGAACUACUUCACUCGUAUUCUUGAAGAUAAUCUAAAGGCCAUUAUAAAACCGCAAUAUGUUGAUCAUAUUCCUAAAGCAGUUCAAGGGAAUGUUGGCCAAGUACUUGAACAAAAGGACGAGAGAGACGUGAAGGCAGAGCUUUGUGCUGAUCUUGAACUGAAUCAGGUUAUAGAUCGUAAUGUUGGAGAUUUAUCAGGUGGAGAGCUUCAAAGGUUUGCAAUUGCUGUUGUUGCCAUACAAAUGGCAGAGAUUUAUAUGUUCGAUGAGCCUUCAAGCUAUCUUGAUGUGAAACAAAGGCUUAAAGCUGCACAAGUUAUCAGAUCUUUGCUUAGACCUAACAGUUAUGUGAUUGUGGUUGAGCAUGAUUUAAGUGUGCUUGAUUACUUAUCAGACUUCAUUUGCUGCUUAUAUGGGAAGCCUGGUGCAUAUGGUGUUGUGACACUACCCUUCUCUGUCAGAGAAGGAAUCAAUAUCUUUUUAGAAGGGUUUGUGCCUACAGAAAACCUACGUUUUCGUGAUGAAUCUCUUACAUUUAAGGUUGCUGAGACACCUCAAGAGAGUGCUGAAGAAGCUGAAACAUAUGCACGUUAUAGAUACCCUACUAUGUCUAAAACGCAAGGUGGUUUCAAACUGAAGGUGGUUGAGGGUGAAUUCACUGACUCUCAGAUCAUAGUUAUGCUUGGUGAGAAUGGAACAGGAAAGACAACUUUUAUUCGUAUGCUGGCUGGUUUACUGAAGCCUGAUACUGUGGAAGAUUCUGAAGUUGAGAUACCAGAGUUUAAUGUUUCUUACAAGCCUCAAAAGAUCAGUCCCAAAUUUCCUCACUCAGUUAGGCAUUUAUUUCAUCAAAAGAUUCGUGACUCGUACAUGCAUCCUCAGUUUGUUUCGGAUGUCAUGAAGCCUCUUCAAAUCGAUCAAUUAAUGGAUCAAGAAGUUGUGAAUCUUUCUGGUGGAGAACUGCAAAGAGUUGCAUUGGUUCUGUGUCUUGGCAAGCCUGCUGAUAUUUACUUGAUUGAUGAACCAAGUGCCUACCUUGACUCGGAGCAGCGUAUUGUUGCUUCAAAGGUUAUAAAGAGAUUUAUACUGCAUGCUAAGAAGACUGCAUUUGUGGUGGAACAUGACUUCAUCAUGGCAACUUAUCUAGCAGAUCGGGUGAUCGUUUAUGAAGGGAAACCGUCCAUCGAUUGUGUUGCAAAUUCGCCUCAGUCAUUAUUGACUGGAAUGAAUCUUUUCUUAUCCCAUUUGACCAUCACGUUUAGGCGGGACCCAACAAAUUUUCGACCAAGAAUCAACAAGCUGAAUUCAACGAAGGACAGGGAACAGAAACUUGCUGGAUCUUACUAUUAUUUGGAUGACUAAUUGGGAAUCUAGUUGCAAGGUUACCCUUCAUGACUUUCGGCUGUUGUGCGGCAACUGGAUACGCAGUCACUCCCUUCUAAGAAUCUGCUGGUUAAACCACUACCAAAAUCAGCUGCGCAUGGCGUUGGUGCUACACCAUGAGUAGAACUUAUCUUGUUUGAAAAAAGAGUUUUUGAUAACAUUCAGUGGUGGGUUGUGGAUGCUUGUAUCUAGAUUGCUUACAUCUUUAUUUUGUGGUACCCCUGUUGCUUUUUUAGUUGUACUCCCGGCUCUUGCUUACGUUGUCAGUUACUAAUACACGAGCUGCGUGUUUUUUGUUCA